GUUCAGUCUGUGUAAGUGUGGAGGUGAAUGACUUCUUAGGCAGUAUUUCCUGAACACAGCAAUCCCUGAUUUGAAUAAUGAGACUCUUUGGCCUUUCUUGUCUUUUUCUCCUGUGGCUGAAUCCAAAUGAAUCUUUACAGCAGAAUGAAAUAAAAUGUCAACUGACACUUCCACCACUCAGAGGAACCACAUAUGAACCUGCUUAUAGAAGUGUGUUUUCUCCCGGUGAGAAGAUAAGAGUUACAUGUGGGGAGGCAUACUGGAUUCUGAACACUCAGACCACCUUCGCUGAGACUACUUGCAAAAAUGACGGAGACUGGACUAUCAGACCAGUGUGUGAAGAGGUUACAUGUAGCCAUCCACAAGCUCUGUAUUUGGAUUACUGGGGUGAUUCUGGGCAACAACAAAGACUGGGCGACUCUGUCAGUUACACAUGUGGAUCAGACUACAGGAGUACAGAUGGCGCUCCCUGGGCCACAUGCACCAGAGAUGGAUGGAAACCAAAUCCACUUUGUCAAGAGAGAUGUAGAGUCCCUGAAACACCAGCAGGUCUAACAAUCACCACAGAUGUAACAGACGAUCAAAUGAAAAAAGGACAACAUCUAACAUUUGCUUGUAAAAACAGUAAUCACAUCAUCAAAGGGAACGCAACGCUUGAAUGUUUGGGAAAUGGACAGUGGAGCAAUCCUCUUCCCACAUGUGAAGCUGCCCAGCAAUGUAGGACGCCACCACGUCUUUCAGGUGGACAGACCAAAACAGCGACUAGAAACACAUACAGACACAAUGAAAAGGUCGAAUAUGUGUGUGACAGAGACUACGGCAUGGAGGGUGGGCCGUUCAAAACCUGUGUCGAUGGUGAUUGGGUUGGAGAGAUGAGAUGCCGCCGUGCCCAGGGUUGUGGGAGGCCACCACCUCUUUCAGAUGGAGACACCAAAACAAGUACUAAACAUCUGUACCAACAUAAUGAAAAGGUUGAAUAUAUCUGUCAGCGUUAUUACGUCAUGAAGGGUGGACCGUUCAAAACAUGUAAUCAUGGUGAAUGGACUGGAGAGAUUAGAUGCCUCCAAGCCUGCACUGUGAAUAGAGACGACAUGAACAGACAUAAUAUUCAGUUCAGAUUUUCAAGAGAUGAUAAACUGUAUACAGAACAUGAUGAUGAAAUCGAGUUUAUGUGUACCAGAGGAAGACCCGUUGGGACACUGGGAAUGCGUCAGAAGUGUGAACAUGGUGUGGUACAUUUGCCGACUUGCCAAUAAUGCUUUUUUGUACAAGACUAGAAAAGCUAAUAAAUGCUGACUGAGUCUGUUUUCA